CUGGAACAAACUUCCACAAAACUGUAAAACAGCUGAAACACUGAGUUAAUUUAAAUCAAGGUUACAGACUCACAUAUUUAAAAUUGCCUUUGAUUAAUAAUAAAAUUCAUUUGGACACAAAGCUGUAUAGCUAAUGCUAGUAACAAUAAUGUCACUUUCUCUUUGAAUACAGGUAUUUACUAACUGCAAGUGUGUAUCUGGGGCUGAUGGCCAAGUCAAACCAGGUCAUUGUCCCAACAGCUGCUCUCAUUAUCUCCUCCCAGUCAUACUGCUCAUCUCUCUAGCUUCGCUGAUUGCCUGCCUCACUCACAAUCCACUGUACAUGAUGGUGCUCAGAUGCGUUUCCUUUGACGAGAAAUCAUUUGCUAUAGGACUUCAGUUCUUACUUAUGAGAGUAUUAGCCUGGCUUCCGGCUCCAGCGCUCUUUGGGACGGCCAUCGACAUGUCUUGUAUCUGGUGGAAAAACGUGUGCGGAAGGAAGUUCAGCUGCGAGUACUAUGACAACACCCUCUUCAGGAGCCGAUACUUGGGUUUACAGGUGGGUUAUAAGAUCGUAGGCAUCUUCCUGCUGAUCAUCCUGGGUUGGAAGGCAAAACGGACCCAGGAGUACGAUCUGGAGAAGAAGCCCGAAAUCUGAGUGUGAUCUGGCUGAGACUCGUCUCAUAGCGACGCUGUGAGGUUGGAACAUUUUGAGGAAGACUGUUCCUUGGAAGGCUGCAUCUAUAAUAAAGGAUGAAAUUACGAUUAAAAACUGUUAAAUAUCUUUGAACAUUACGUGUUCGUGUUAGGCUGGAAUGGACUUGGGUUUCUGUUUGCAUUGGCAACAUACUCUAUAACUAAUGAACUAUAUAGCUUAAUAUUUAAGUUAUUUUCUACAUAUUUGUCUCAUACCCUGAGACAUCAUUAACAACACCAAGAAUGGUUUCAUGUAUAAUCGUAUGUAACUUUUUGAUGAAUUUUCAGAUAUUAAGCACCUACACCUACCUUUUAUAUUUUUAAAUAAAAUAAAUUAUGCACCUAAAUCAUGCU